AUGUUUGCUGCUUAUAAUGACGAAUCUUUGAGCAAACAAGGAAAUAUGGAAAAUGAGGAUUUCAGCAGGAAAUAUUCAUCAUUUGAUGCGAUUCCUCGUUAUGAUAGCGAAAAUGAAGAAGAGAAAAAAAAACGACGUCGAGAAGAACGUGAAAAAUUGAAAAAGAAAAAGGAAAGGCAGAAAGAAGAAGAAGCAAGAAGGCUUCUAUCACAACACUCAAUUAAGAUGGUAACGUGUGAUUCGGAUGACGAUAGUGAUUUUGAUAUGGUUCUGGUGAAUUCUAUUGAACCGACCAAAAUGACUGAUGGUGAUGAAGAAAAAAAAAGAAAGAAAAAGAAAAAACAUAAGAAAAAGAGCAAAAAGAGACGACGACAUCAUUCUUCUUCAAGUUCAAGUUCAUGGUCAAGUUCUGCCAGUACAUCAUCUUCAAGUAGUAGUAGGUCAUCAUCGAAUAAAGUGAAAUCUCAUAAACGACCUUCAGUUGCGCAACUUUUUGCUCCUGCACAGAAAUGGUCAUUUCUUGUCGAAUUUAAUGUAACGGAACCUUCAUCCUACUUCAUAAUCGAUCGAAAAGCCGAUAGAUCAAAUUUUGAUUAUGAUUCACUUUACAAAGGCGAUAUUGCAGUUUACAAUUCACAUGGCAAACAUAUUCUUGGUGGUUGUGAUGCGUUAGAUAGGUUUUUCUUUCCUGGCAAUGAAGUAGUGAAAGAUAUAGUAAUUCGAUACUUUCAUGAAAAAGUUCGUAAAUCGUGGAGUGACAAUCCAGAACGUUUGUGGAGAAAGAAAGGUUUAGAAACUGUGUCCGGAUUUUUACAGUUAUCAACAUUCGCUUUAACAGAGAGCGACUUACAAGAUGAUUCGGGAAAAAUAAAUCCGGAUAAAUUUAAAGCUGUUGAAGGAGCAGCCUCUCUCAUUGAAGAUGAUCCUCAAACACAAAGUUCCUUAUGUAAUACACAACUUGGUCAAGACAAAUAUAAUGUUGACCUAUGGAUGAAAUUCGUCUCUCUUCAGGAUGAUGUAUAUAUGGCUCAGAGAGAUCCAAUGAUUGAUCGACGUAGCAGAAAAGAACGUUUAACAGAUCAUGAUCUUCUUGAUCGAAAACUAUCUAUUCUCGAUAAAGCGAUCUCCAUCAAUUUUGACUCAGUUAAACUGAAAAUCGAACGUCUUCGAGUUGGCCGUGUACUGUGGGAUGAUGAAACUUUUGAAAGAGAAUUGGAAUUUGUUGAAUUUAAUCAUGUUAACGAUCCUUUGAUGUGGGAAGGUGUUCUUGAUCUAAUCGAAAGUGAUACAAGAAGGUUCAAAUUGAACUUACUAGUUGGUCUUGCAAAAAUGAGAAAGUGCUUAGAAAAGUUGGGACAACUUAUAUCAGGUGAAUUAUGCACGCAUCCUCUUCUUCCAAAAACUGAAGAAUUUAUUGUUACAGUUGUUCGCCGUCGUAUACGAACUUUUAUUAACACUGGAUAUAUAGAGAAAGCAAUUGCAACAGCUCAAGCCAUAGUCGAAUUCAAUUUUUGUAUGCCACAGUCUUACAAAACUGCCUCGAUAGAUAUUAAGAGGAAAAUGUUUGAGAGAUUUUGGGAUAGUGGCAUCGCCCGUCUUGGCGAUUUAAAUUCGAGUGGUAAGUGCUUUCAAUCUUUCAGAUGGGAGAAAUCGCUACCUACUUUGGAAGAUCCACUGACCGAUCAAGAAGAAUUUAAAAGUGAAUUAAAAGAAUAUGAAAAGGCAGAAGAAGAUCUUUGUAAGUUAGCUGGUCCUCAUGGUUCUUCCUGGCCUUACCAAAAAAUUUGGUAUGAACUUGAAAAAUUGCGUUCAGAACGACUAUGGCGACCUGUUAGAGAUUUAACUUGCGAAAUUGAUGAUAUGGAACGAAUAGUGACUUUUGACGACAUUCGCGAUGUAUUAAUUGUAUUUAAUCGCCCUGUUGCUACCAAUAUGUUGUUCAAAAUUUUGGAGGAUUUUGGUGCUCAUAUUUAUGGACAAGAAAUGUUAUCAUCGUUGAGCAUUGUGACGAAGUUUGUAAUAUUUCCAUGGAUUACUAAUAAUCGUCUCCAUAAUUUUGAAAAAUUUCUUGAUCGUUUUUUCGAAAUUUUAUUAGUUUAUGUUCCAGAGCAUCGAAAUCUUCUACUUUCAUCCCAGCUUAUUACAGCUUUUGAGUAUAUAAAAAAUAAUGAUGAAUUCAGUGAAAAAGCAAAAUUAAAAAAUUUCCGAUCUGUAGCCAAAACAAUUGCUGCAAAAAAUAAUAACGUGGCAAAUUUAUCUCUUAUGGCGACAUUUGCUGAAAAGAUGCUUGAAUUGCGCGAUUUUGCUCAAGUGAAAACGAUUGCAAAGAAAUUUUACUCUGAAAGGCCAAAUAUUUGGUUGCCUGAACAUGAACCAUAUUUGAUAUCAAUGCUUCGCUUGGCUGUUUCUCAUGUUCUCGCAUGUGAUGAGACUGAACGUUCUGAUAUACUGGAAAAUAUCGUUGUUCAUGGGAAAAUUGAUGAACAAGAUGAGCGACAAACCAAUAAUUAUCGAUUCGUAGAAGGAAAAUUUAAUCUUCGUAUUAUAAACUAUUCAAAGAAAAGAAUUUCAAAUUGGGAAGGAUCGGUUUUAGAUUUUGUAACAACUAUGGCAAUGCUUUACGCGUAUUAUUCGGCAUCAGAGCAACAACGUUUUGAGUCAUUGAUUCGAAUAAGUCGAGAUGUGUCGAAACAAAUUCCUUACAGCGAACGUCCUAGGUUCAUGAAGGUUUAUUUGGAUUUAAUCUUCAAUUACAUUCGUGAUCAUCCUUAUGUGUCGCAAAAGACUUUACGUGUUGAAUUAAAAAAUGCCGUCUUCAGUUUCCCUUUAAAUAUUGAAGUCCUCAAAAAAUAUAUAGAUUUGAAUGCUUUUGGACUUCGUCUCAUUCAUUUGCGAAGAUUUUUGGAAGAAAAAGUUUCUGAUCCAGUUAUCGAUUAUUGUCGAGCAUUUGGAGCAGUUUAUCUUGAAUUUCUUCGAUAUAGAAUUUUAUUAGAGCAGGUCGAAAACAAUUCUCCAGAGUUGCAUAAGCUGCGCUCAGUGCUUGUGAAUUCAAGUGCUAGGAUAUCUCAUAAAGAUGAUUCAUUUUGGCGUAUACAACUUUUUAUCGAAAUGGAAAGGGGCGAUAAAAAACGAGCGAAGCAGAUUUUCUUUUUGGCAUAUGCCAGCUGUCCUUGGUCUCGUUCAUUGAUUAUGGACUUCGUCAAAUGUGGCGUUGAAUCUGGUGAAUUUGAAAAUACACUUGAUGCAAUGACUGAGAAAGGACUUCGUCUUCGGUGUCAACGUGAUGAACUACCUAUCUUGUUAGCGAAUUAA